AUGGAGGAGUUAGUGAAAAUGGAGGAGUAUAAAUCGAGAGGAACAUCUUUGAAGGCAUCGAUCAAGAGAAAAAUAAGCUCUGAGGAGUAUGUCAAGAAAGAAAUUAAAAUUACAGUCUACGAAGAGGAGCCCUUAACCCGAAAAAGUAGCCGCACCGAAAGCCUCCCUCGAAAAACUUCGAACCUUGACGAAUCCAUCGACCACGACCUGGGUGGAUUUAUUAGAUUCUGCAGCAUAGCUUUUUACUGCGCCUUCAUCACCGCUGCUCUUUUCAUGACGUACAUUUUGCUUUAUGUCAAUCUUGGCUAG